UCAGCCUCGCCCUUCAGGCUUGACUAUGCAGCGUCCAAACGCGCGCUGGGUCUCAUCCCACCUCCAGCCCCGCCCUCAGGGAUCGGCCGCGCCCUCCGUCGUAGCUCCACCCACAGGGCUGGUUCGAGAUUCAACCACGGUCCUGGGCCUGAUUCGGGCCCCAGGCCUGGCGCCCAGCUAGUCCGAAGCCCAUGCGCGCUCACGCUGGAGGAAAUCAGAAUUUCUCUGAAGUGGUCCCACGUGGUCCAGCGCUCCAUCGCCUGAGCCCCGCCCCCCGGCAAGAAGCGGAAGUGACGUCACAAUUAGGCACAGUCUUUGCCGCUGCGCUCGCGGUGCGUCUUAAAUCGGUUUUUGUUGGUCGUCGUCUGGCCCGGAUCGGCUUAGGCGAGGCCGGCGUGAAGGAGGGGGAGCGGGCGGAAGAGGGAGUCACGGGACGGGUUUGGCCAGCCGCCCGGGGCCUGCUCAGAGGGGCCUGGUGCGCGCCGCUCGCUUCCGUCGUUCUCCACGAGGAGCCGGAUCUGCAGUGGGGUGAGGGCGCUUCUGUGGGGUCGCGUCAUCCGCUGUGCUCCUCCCUCCAAGGCUCCACAGCAGCCUUGUGACUUUUCUCCGUGAGGAAGAGGAUUUCCGCCUUUCCGAUGGGUUGACUCCGGCCCGUAGGAAAUCAGAUGAAGAGAGAGGGUUCUGUGACCUUUGAUGAGACAUGGCUGUGGACUUUACUGGACCUUGCUCAGAAAAACCUAUACAGAGAAGUGAUGCUGGAGACCUACAAGAACCUGACCACAGUAGGGUAUCAACUGUUCAAACCCAAUCUGAUCUCUUGGUUGGAACAAGAAGAGUUGAGGACAGUGAAGAAAGGAAUCCUCCAAGGAAAGAAGCCACAAUGGAUGGGAACUCUGUGAUUGUAAGGAAUGUGGAAAACACGUCAGUGAACAUUCAUGCUUCAAGACACCCAGGAGAACUCAAAAUGAAAAGAACACUUAUGUGGGUAGUCAGUAUGGAAAAAACUUCCUUACUCUGCACAAGAAAACCUCUACUGGAGAGAAACUUUCUGUGUUCAAUCAGUCUGGAAAAACUGUCAGCCUGACUCCAAAUAUUGUGUCCUGGAAAACUAGCAUGCAAGGGAAAGGCUUUGAAUGCAGUGACAGUCAGAAAGCCUUUGUUAAUCAGUCUUCCUUUCAGGCACAAAUGAGAAGUCACAAUAGAGAAAAACUGUUAAGUA